AUGGCUGAGGUUAGCGACGGGAGUGCAGAAGUGAAGAAAAGCACCGGUUUGGAGGUUGACGAAGAUGAGAUCACAUUCAGCGACAAGGUUGCGCAGGCAAUCGACGGUAUCGGACACAGUGAACUGUGCCGUGCAGACGUGGACGUCAUCGAUCAGAUCAAUCGGCUAUUUCCAACGGAGCAGUCGUUGUCGCAGCUGGACACGGUGAUGCGUUCCAUCGAGGACGAGAUUGUUGGCUUGGAUUCUCAACUUGCCGAGCUGGUCGAAACGCAUGGCGAAGCGGGCAUCGAAGGAGAUCAGGCUCUGUGCGAGGCUCAUUCGUCAAUGGAGGAUCUGGAGGAGCGCGUUCGGGCAAUUUGCUUGAAAACACGAUCCUCGGAGAGUGUCGUACAGGAGAUGACACGCGAUAUCAAGCAGUUGGAUGUUGCAAAACGAAAUCUGAUUGCAUCCAUCAAGACACUUCAUCAUCUCCAGAUUCUCCUAACCGGCCAUCGCUACAGUGAUAUUGCGUCGCAGUUACCGGCCGUUUUAAAUGUUCUGCAGCUUUUUGGCCCGUACAUGGAGGUGGAGCACAUAAAAAAUGUGGCUGAACAGUUGGAGCGAUUGAAACAACGGCUAGCCAUUCAGCUUGUUGCCGACCUCAAACGGUCAUUUCAGGCAUCUUUUUCAGUCUUUCAUUUGCUUGGAUCACUGGGCCAUCGUUAUGCGGGGCUACAAAUAUCACCUUGUUUCAUUAACAUCGAUUGCAGGCUUGCAGUUACAAAGGGCCGUUCGCGGCUAAUUUUGAAUUCAGUUUCGCCGUACGAGUAA